GGUACAGGGAAGAGUGCUGUGCCGUUUUCUCGUGGAAGGCUUCACCCCCCCCCUCAAGGUCAACCUCACCCUCAAGGCGAAGGAGCUGGAGGCCGACGUGAGCUAUCCCUUGAAUGAGCCAAGGCGGAGGGCCAGGAAGAGCGAGAGAUGUCCUACGGGCGAGUGCGAGGUGCGGGCGCGCGGGAGCUCCUGGGGGUGCUGGCGAUGUGGGCGGUUUUCCUGGCGGGGCUGACGGAGGCGCAGCAGAAGGUUAACGUGUUGGUGAUGUACGAGGAGGAGAACAUGCCGGCGAAGGAGGGCAUCAUGGCGGCGAUCAAGCACUUGGAGUCGACCUCGUCUGAAGGGGUCACGUUGGGUCGGAAGGACAUGAUGGCGGUCAAACAAGGAGACGACAUCGAGGUGACAGUGAACGCAACUUGUGAUUUAGUGGACGCAGCCAUUGACGCGUCCGAACCCCCGCACAUUGUCUUAGACGCGACCACGGCGGGGAUUAUGUCCGAAACCGUGAAGUCUUUCACCAGAGCUCUCGCCUUGCCUACGUUUUCGGCUUCGUACGGACAGGACGGGGACCUGAGAGAAUGGCGCGACCUGACACCAGACGAAGAGAAUUACCUCGUCCAGCUGAUGCCUCCCGGUGACAUCAUCGUCCAGGCAAUCAGAGACAUCGUGCGCACUCAGAACAUCUCGAACGCAGGCAUUAUAUAUGAUGAGACGUUCGUCAUGGAACACAAGUACAAGUCGUUGCUUCAGAACCUUCCCUGUCGACAUAUCAUGACGAUGGUGGAGAAAACAGAGGCAGGGCUUAGGAAUCAGACGAGGAGGCUGAAGGACGCUGACAUCGUGAAUUACUUCGCCGUGGGGAAUCUCGACACCAUAAGCAAGAUCCUGGAUGCUGCGACUUUUAACGGGAUGUUUGGCCGGAAGUAUGCUUGGUAUGCGCUCUCGAAGCAACGCGAAGACCUGGAAUGUGGGUGCGAGAACGCCUCUGUGGUAUUCCUCCGGCCCCACAGCACUUCGGAGAUGCGAGGGAGGCUGCAGAUGCUCGAGAAGAACUACCAGCUAGUGACCGUUCCGCAGAUCGACUCCGCCUUCUAUUUCGACUUCGCUGUGAGAGGGAUCAAGGCGGCGAGCCGCCUGGCCGAACAGGGGAAAUACGCCGACUUCAACUUCCUGAAAUGUUCCCAGUUCGAGGAAGGGAAUCCGCCGGUGCGAGCUGGCUUCGACCUCCGCAGCGCUCUCAAGACGGUCCCCGCCGACAGCUGGGCCUCCAUCACCUGGGGCAUGAACGGCAUGAGUUACCUGGACAUCACGCUGACCAUCGACAAGUUCAUGAUCUUGCGAGGGAGGACCGCGGAGCGCAAAUCCCUGGGCGAGUGGGAGGCUGGGAUGCCCGGCACGCUUAUGUUCAAGAGCGGGAUGAAUCUGAACGAUUUCCAGGCCGUGACAGUGUACAGGGUGACGACCGUACAGCAGCCUCCGUUUAUAAUGAAGAGGAUGAACGAAGACGGUCAAGAGGAAUUCUACGGUUACUGUAUCGACCUCAUUAACGAGAUUAAGAAGAUUGUUAAUUUCGAAUACGAAAUUGCCGAGGCACCUGACGGCAAAUUUGGCACCAUGGAUGAAAAUCAUGAAUGGAAUGGGAUGAUUAAACAGCUGAUUGAUAAGCAAGCAGACAUCGCUCUCGCUCCCCUCUCCGUCAUGGCAGAGCGCGAGAACGUCGUUGACUUCACUGUUCCUUACUACGAUCUCGUGGGCAUCACUAUCCUCAUGAAGAAGCCAAAAGUACCCACUUCGCUCUUCAAGUUUUUGACUGUGUUGGAGCCCGAGGUGUGGGUGUGUAUCCUCUUCGCCUACGGGUUCACGAGCAUUCUCCUCUACAUCUUCGAUCGCUUCAGCCCCUAUAGUUAUCAGAAUAAUAAGGACAAAUACAAAGACGAUGACGAAAAGAGAGAAUUCACUUUGAAGGAAUGUCUCUGGUUCUGCAUGACGUCACUCACUCCUCAGGGCGGCGGCGAGGCUCCCAAAAACUUAUCCGGGCGACUCGUGGCUGCAACUUGGUGGCUCUUCGGGUUUAUUAUCAUCGCCUCGUACACGGCUAACUUGGCUGCUUUCCUGACUGUGUCCCGUCUCGACACGCCCAUCGAGUCACUGGACGACCUGAGCAACCAGUACAAAGUGCAAUACGCGCCCAUGAACGGAACUUCGACUAUGACCUACUUCGAGCGCAUGGCCUACAUCGAGAAGAAGUUCUACGAGAUCUGGAAGGACAUGUCCCUGAACGAUUCCAUGAGUGACAUCGAGCGCGCUAAGCUGGCCGUGUGGGACUACCCGGUCAGCGACAAAUACACCAAGAUGUGGCAGAGCAUGCAGGAGGCGGGUCUUCCGGGCAAUUUCGAGGAAGUGCUCACGCGCGUCAGGAAGUCGACGUCGUCCAGCGAGGGAUUCGCGUAUUUGGGUGAUGCCACUGACAUCCGGUAUCUCGUCCUCACCAACUGUGAUCUACAGAUGGUCGGAGAAGAGUUCUCGCGCAAACCUUAUGCCAUUGCAGUCCAGCAGGGUUCGCCCCUCAAGGACCAGUUUAACGAUGCCAUCCUGAAGCUCCUGAACCAGCGUAAGCUCGAGACGCUGAAAGAGAGAUGGUGGAACCAAAACCCAGAGAAGAAGAAGUGUGAGAAAGACGAUGAUCAGAGCGACGGCAUCAGCAUCGAGAAUAUUGGUGGUGUGUUCAUCGUGAUCUUCGUGGGCAUUGGGCUGGCAUGCGUGACCCUCGCCUUCGAAUACUGGUGGUACAAACAUCGCAAGGGACCCCGUGUUACCGACUCUGCGAAGGUGCUCUCGGUCAGGGAGAUCGAGAAGACAGAGAAAUCGAACUUCAAUACGGAAUAUAACUCCAUGCGCGGUCAGUGAAAAGGAGAAAGUCCUCUGACCUUUGACCUCGCUUCACGGCACAAACAACGGCUUUGACAUUGCACCGGUUGGCAAUCCUUGGUAGUGUUGCAACGAAGGAACCCGACCUUGCUCAGGCCUGCCAUCUGGCGGCAACGCUGGGAAGCUGCAAGUGACGUCACGCGGUCGCUUAAGCAACAAUUACAACGUCGGGUGUUGGGUGGUCGCAAGAAGGCAGUGGGUCUUGAUACUUAGAUAUAAACGUAUUCAUCAUUUGUUUUUGUUUUUCCUGUGAAAUGGAAACGUUUCGUUAAAAACAAAUAAGCUCUCUUUUGAUUUUUUUUUUUUUUUUUUUGUGUUUCAUAACUACACCCAUAUAUAAUGUCUUGUGUUGUAAUCUGCAUAAGAAAUAUAUAUAUUUUUGUGAGAAAGGGAAGUAUUGUCUUGGAGAGUAAAAACAUAUAAACAAAAUCGAGCAUAGUUCAAAAUAAAGCAGAACUGACUGUACUUUACCCCCAAAAAAAUAUUGUUCGCAUGAUAUCAUAGUUUAUCCCAAUGUUUGCACUUUAUAUCAUAACCUAAAUCAAGAUCGUGUUGUAGAUAUAUCACAACCAGUUAGUUUUUAACUUAACAAGCGCAAUGCCCUUAACAUUAUGAACCGUAGGGAUUUUAUAGUUAGAGAAAUGACAAGAUAUAUUUACGAAAUGAAGAAGAAUAGAGAGAGAAGAGAUGCUGAAUAAAAUGUAGCAGGAAUACUUGCUAGAAUGUAGCGAAGAGAGACAGGAACUAGCGGUGCAAAGUACAAAGUGUUGGAGGAAAAUGCACGAAAUCAUCAAAUCAUAGUUACGAAAUAUGAUGAUAUUUUAACCUGAAAUAAAAUAUCUAUGGUAGUAAGCACAUUCUAGAUUAUUCUACGUCAGUAUACAGCGUAUAGUAUUUAAGUAGCACUUCUCGCUAUACAAAUAUCUUCACUAUAGCGUGGUCUCUUUUCUUAAACGACUUAUUGGAAACUUUCUCCUGUUGCCAUAUGUGGGAUAUACGUUUAAUCUUAAAUAAAUCGUACUUAUAUUCUCAUUGUUGAUGUUGAAUGUAGAUUAUAUAUAUACUUAUAUAAAUAUGUAUAUCACAAGUUCAUAUGGAUACUAUAAAAAACAUUGUAUUCCCAAACUUCCUUUCUUUGUGUUAUUAUCCAUAUUGAGUGUAAAUAAAAUGUAACUAUA